CCGAAACCUACUCAUUCAAAAGUCGUCGUGAGGGCAUCAGGCAGCUGUUGCCUUGGUGCCUCCAGUGCGAGAGAAAGUGUAGGCAAGCGCCAGGCAACGACAUGUCUGGCGAUAACGUGCGCCGAUGACGCGUAACAGCACGCCUGAAGCCAAAACUCAAAACACUAUUAAAUAGAACAAGGCUGAAGUAUCGCACAUCUUCUUCAGUCUUCUAAUUGUCUGUCUUGACCGCAUAACAUCCACAAGAAACAGCACAGGUCCUCCGAAGCUAUACCCACAACAAAAAAUCCAUCAUGGAACUCAAGAACAUCGCCAUACUCGGACCUGGAGGCAAUGUAGGAAGCGCCAUCAUCAACGAGCUUUCAAGGGACGGCCCACGCUUCAACAUCACAGCAAUAACGCGACAAACCUCAACCUACACUCCACCAGAAGCAUCCGAUAUCACCCACAAGACCGCAGACUACACCUCACUGUCAUCUCUCACCGAAGCAUUCACCGGCCACGAUGCAAUUGUAAACUGCAUCACUGGCGGCGCCACGCAAUACGACUCAUCAAAGCUCAUCAUCGACGCUGCCGUAGCAGCAGGGGUAAAGUUCUUCUUCGCAAACGAAUUCGUCGGCUAUGUCGACAGCCCACAGUUCCAUCGCAUGCCAGAAGCUUUCACUGGCGCCAAGAUCAGGAUCCGGGAGUAUCUAGGAGAGCUCGCUGCUACGGGUAAGAUCACAUGGACGAGUUUGAACGGGGGACCAUUCUUCGAUAUGUGGCUUAUGAAAGGACCUGCGGGCUUUGACGUUGCGAAUCGACGGGCGAGGAUUUAUGGGACGGGGGAGAAUUCGUUGUUUUGGACGCCGUUGCCGGUUAUUGCGCGGGCGGCGGGGAAUAUAUUGAAACGUCCGAAUGUUGUUGCGAAUCGGCCUAUCUACAUUUGUCCUUUCGCCAAGGGGGAACUCACUCAGCGAUCUCUUUUGACAACACUUCAAGAUGUGUUGGACGCCGAAUUUGCGAUCGAGGAAGUCGACCUGGUGAAGAUCAACAAGAACGCGAGGAUUGCUUUAGAAAGAGGAGAAGCAGGCAAGGCUAUGAAGGGCUUAGUAGUCAGUAACCAGUUCUACGAAGAGGACAGCGGGAACGACUUCAGUCAUUUGAUACAGAACGCCGUUGUGGGUGUGGACUUGAUGAGCGUGGAGGAGGCGGUACGGGAUGCUAUUGCACGGUGGGGACAGGAUUGUCCAAUCGUAGAGAGCAUGUUUAGGGUAGAAGCAUGCGAGAUUUAG